CAUUAAGCACCAAUGUUUCUCAUUACUAGACUACGCUCUUAAUCUUGGUCCUUGAUACGGAUUCCUCCAUGGCGACCACCGCCCAAGAGCCAUCUUGGGAGGAACUCAUUGGAAGCAACGACUGGGAAUCUCUUCUUGAUCCUCUCAAUCUCUCUCUGCGCAAACUCCUCCUCCGCUGUGGCGACUUCUGCCAAGCCACCUACGAUUCUUUCGUCAACGACCAAAACUCAAAGUAUUGCGGCACCAGCCGCUAUGGCAAGUCCACUUUAUUCGAGAAGGUCAUGCUUGACUCGGCUUCUGAUUAUGUAAUAACUAAUUUUCUUUAUGCCACUGCUCGCGUCAGCGUCCCUGAAUCCUUGCUUCUCCACUCUCACUCCCGGGAGUCUUGGGACCGCGAGUCCAACUGGAUUGGCUACAUCGCCGUCACUUCAGAUGAAAGAAGCAAAGCUUUAGGCCGACGUGAGAUCUACGUUGUGUGGCGCGGGACUACCAGAGACUACGAGUGGGUUAACGUUUUUAAAGGAAAGCCUGAGUCUGCGGAAUGCUUGUUGAAUGACAAGUUUGGAGAUAGUGAACAGAACAAACAAGGUAAAAGUAGCAAUGAUGAAAGCCAGCAGACCCCUAAUGUAAUGUUUGGGUGGCUUACGCUUUACACCUCCGACGACCCAAAAUCACCAUUCACAAAACUAAGCGCAAGGAAGCAACUUUUGGGUAAGAUUAUGAAGUUGAGAGAGCAAUAUAAAGAUGAAAAUCCAACUAUAGUUUUUACGGGCCAUAGUUUGGGGGCUAGUUUAGCAGUUUUAAGUGCUUUUGAUACGGUGGAGAAUUGUGUCCACGAUAUUCCGGUGACAGCUUUCGUGUUCGGUUGCCCACAAGUCGGAGACAAGGCUUUCAAUGAGAGGCUGAAAAGGCAUCUAAAUCUGAAGAUUUUGCACACGAAGAACACCAUUGAUGUAAUCCCUCGCUAUCCGGGCGAGUUACUGGGGUACGUCAAUACAGGAACCGAGCUGAUUAUUGACACAAGGAAAUCACCGAGCUUGAAGGACUCGAAGAACAACGGCGACUGGCAUAAUUUGCAGGCUAUGUUGCAUAUAGUGGCGGGGUGGAACGGUAAAGAUGGAGAGUUCGAGCUGAAAGUGAAGAGGAGUUUGGCUUUGGUGAACAAGUCUUGUGCGUUUCUGAAAGAUGAGUUGCUGGUGCCAGGGUCCUGGUGGGUAGAGAAGAACAAAGGACUCAUCAAAACUGAAGAUGGAGAGUGGAUAAUGGCUCCCAGCGAUGAGGAUUUGCUUGUCCCCGAAAUUUAACUCUUACUUAGUACUGCAAUUCCUGUUCCGGGGGAGAUUUCUUUCGUCCAUGUAAGAUGUUGAGCUCUACAAAGUAGCCUUUCUGGUUUCCUUUUGUAUGGAGGAAAUUUUAAAUUCGAUCAAGUUAUGAUCAUAACAAAUGGUUGAGGAAGAUAAAAGGUGGUCUCACCUUAAUUAUUCAACUCAAUUAUUCUAAA